UUCCAUCAGUUCUAAAAAUCCGAAGGUCAUUGAGGUUUGUUAGUUCGCACCAGUGUUCAUAAACCAUUAGAAAAGGCAUUAAUUCAACACACUGCUAACUGUAACGGAUCUAGCAUAGUAUUGCUGGGAAUCCCGAAAACUUUGUAUUCAACUUGUGAAGUCGUCAGCUGAGGCAGAUAGAAAGAGAAGUGCUUUCACCGGGAUUCAGAUUCUGCAUUCCGACGAAAUUUAUCAACAAAAUUGACUUUGAAACCCAACUGGAAAGUUAGCAUCAUCAACCAUCUGCAUUGAACACAGUGGAUGGCGAGAGACAAGGUUGGUUUAAAUCUCGAUAUACCGACAUUGUUAGUGAGUUUUCUAUAUCGCCAAAUCUACAUUAUGCAGUUUUGUCGAAAGAUCACCCUGGUACAUUCAUCGUUAAUGCUUUGUUCACGAAUUGAUACUGUGUCCUGUGGGAGACAAAUUAAAGCAUAGGAUAGUUGAGUGUGAUUUCUUUACUAAAGUGGAUCGAGAGAGCUCAAUGACAGUUAGUGAAGCUCGCACUUUAGAAAUUACACAGUCCGAGCUGAAGUUUCACCAGAGUUUCCUUUGGAAACCGAAAUUACUGAGGUCAAGUUAGGCAACCUGCUUGAUAUGACAAGUUGCAAUCUGGAAAGGAAGCAUAGAUUUGUAACGGUGCACACUACUGAUUUAUGUAAUAGUUUUGAAUAAUCUAUUUGCUUAGCAAUUCAGAUAUUAAAUAGCCAGCCCUAUGAUAGUCGUUUUCAAGUGAUUCCCACAAGGACAGGACAGUUUACAAAAUUGAUUGUGUCAUAAUAACCGAUGAUGAGCGUCCAUGUGAACUUUAAGAAAGUAGUCAAUUAUACCUCAUUCCCUCUAGAUUACUUGUCGCCUAUUAAUGUUUCUCUGUUUAACAUUUCAUCUCUCUAUUAUUACACUAUCAUCACUGGUAUUUCAUUCUACUUUGUUAACAAUUUCAAUUGUUGACCAUCUUGAUAACUAGAUAUACCACCUUUUGGGAAAAAUACUCACACUGUAUUCACUCCAUCUUGUCUCAAUAAUAUCACAUAAUACUUUAUUAUUUUUAGUCUUUAUUACAUAUUUCACAACCACUUUUCUUAUAUUGUGGUCAUUCCAACUGACUUCAGUUAACUUGUAGAACACAUCAACUUCUGUUAGUCUUCCUUAAAAUGUUAUCUUCAUUAUUAUUAUUAUUAUUGCUGUUUUGAUUAUCUCUCAUUUUGCAUAUUUCAUUAUAUGCUGUAAUUGAUUUCAUGCAGCAUUGGUUUGGUUUCUUCUCUUUAGUGUCCUCAGUCAUGCAUGUUUUGCGUACAUUGUAAUUAUGAGAAUUAAUUCUUUUUUUUUAUCAAUGCAUUUUCUCCGAAUGACUUCAGUAUCUUUUCUCAUACUUUACACUUUCACAAUUUUAAAGCUGUAUUCUAAUCAGGUAGUGAAUAUGUUUGAUGAAAUGUUACAGACAUAUACUAGCUAUUAUUUACCAAUCACAUCUGUUGAAUCUUGUUUUAAAAAAAAUAGGAAUUCUGUAUGACAGAUUGUGGUGUCUGUCAUCUUACUGAUAUGCUGUCGGAACUGUCUGAUAAUGCUGUGGAAGUAACCGGUUCGGGUUCAGACACAGUUGUGUCAUUACCAAAACGCACACAAACCAGUGAGGAAAGGUAUCGCACCACAAUGUUUGCGGAUGAAGUAGUCGAUCUGCUCAGUCAAAGACCUCGUUGCCGACUACCUAUUAAUGAAUUUAUUCCAUCGUAUUACCAUAAUUUUAGUCGACAGUGUCGGGUAUCUGACUAUGGUUUCACAAAACUAGCAGACCUUCUGGAUGCGAUUUCCCACGUAAUCCAGGUUAUAGAAGAAAACAAAGAAAAAUACAUCAGCCUUCUGCCUGAGAAACACUCGCAAAUUUUCGCCGAAAGACUUGUGGUGCUUCUGGAAGCGUCACUAGACAGAAGAAUACCUAUCAAUGAUCUGACAGAUGUGUAUGCAAAACAUCACGGUUAUGCUUUAUGUUUGGAGGAUUUCAACGUGUUCUCAUUGAAAGAGUUAUUAUCCAAGUUUCCACAUCUCUUCUAUACUGCGGUAGACUAUUCGCAAGAGAUACAGAAUACAUCAAAACUGUCAUCAGAAGGUAAACUAACUAAAACUAUUGAAGGUGGAGAGCAACAGACCGAACCGAAUCGAGAUGGUGAUCAAGUAGCAGAUACGAGAGUGGGAAAUACUGCAGCCAUUGAAAACUUCACCCCGAAUUACAAUGCUGUGGAAUAUGUGUGCUUAGUUGAUCGAACAGCGAUCAAACAUCUAGCGCACAAGGUUAUUUUAAUAUUGCAACAAUAUCAGCUAGGAGCUGCGCCUCUUUCGUCGUUUUACGAACUGUUCCGAUAUCAGUUUAAAAAUGAACCUAUGUUGGAUGUAAUAUUUGAAGAAUUGGAAAGUAUUGUAGAGCUUCGGAAGGAUUUGCCUAAUCCACGUGGCGCAAUGUCAUGUAGCUCAUCGGAUGAAGCGAUUCCAUAUGACGCAAUAAAUCCUCCUCACUAUAGACAUACUCAACUUCAAAGCAAUUCGUUUGAGAAUGUGUGUACGAAAAUUCCAUUGGAAAUACUAUCGAAUUGCUUUAUAGCUCUUCGUCCACUGAUCAGACUCGCCGGCGACUUGAAAGAGCUAUUAAGUCACAGUGAUGGGAAGAUCUCGCUUUUAAAUUUGUCUCCCAUGUACCGAAGACGUUUUGGUGUUCCGUUAAAAGCAGAGAAUUAUAAUUAUCCAUCGUUGGUAACCUUGUUAAAGGCGAUGGAUUUUGUGGUUUCAAUAAGAGGUCGUGGUCUUGAGUGCAUAGUGUGUCUAUGCGAGGACUUUAUAGGAAGAUUAUCAAGCCGCGUUGCAUAUAAUACAAAGGCGAAAUUUAAGGAUCCUCGAAGGUCGCUCUUUUCACACGAAAACGAGCUGGAAACACUGAAACUCUCGUUCAACCAUGAAUCAAUUUUCAUUGGCAAACUCCCGAUGUCAUCACCGCCCAUCUUGUAUUCACCCCUUCGACCCUGUCGUUCUUCAACGCCUAAAUCCGAAAUGUUAUGCACGCCAAAUCAAUGUUCUGAUAAGCCUGCGAAUCCGAGUCUGGCAGAAUUAUUGCAUGAGAACAAUUCCGUUGGUGCUGUUUGCUGCAAUGAAGUGGCCGAUUUCAAAGAAUUAUUUUAUAGCGGAAUGCUUCACCCUUCAUCAUCUCCAUGGUUUGCGUAUCGACUUCCUUAUGCUCAUUAUUCUGUGACCACUUCCGGUCAAACAGGUUCUUUCACAGUGGCGUCAAGUUUGAAUUCACCACAAUAUGGUUACUACCACUUCUCACCAGUCCCUCCGAAUAGAAUACGACACUUCGUUGGCCAUGUGGUUCCGAGUUGUCAAACUGCAAUCCCUUUUCUACCCAAUGGAACAAGUUAUGCAUAUAAUGGAAAUCAGCACCCACCAGAUUGUCAUCCGCCUCCCUCUAGUGCAUUCAAUCCUACUACUAAUAGCUCUCAAACACACUAUCCUACUUUCAUACUCUUACCACCUAAUCAAACAUCAAGUACAAAUUUUGUGGCACCUACUAGUACACCAACGAUUUCAAACAUUCCAUAUGCAAGUCCAAUACUUCCAUCACCUCAGUUUUAUCCUCUUGGUGUAGAUAUGACUUAUCUAGCUCCACUCAGUCAAGCAUUUCAUCACCAAGUUAAUCCUCAAUAUACCGGGCUAGCAUUCACUAAUCACCAGGUGGCCAGUACGGAUCCGAAUGUCAAUUCGAUUUAUCCAGCCAAACAAUUUGGCCAAACUCAUGUUUGUCCGGAGAAAUCCUCGAACAUCCUAACUUGUUUUUCUGCACCAGUCAAGUCGAUUUCGUCGUCUACUUCUCAACAGCGGUUAGAUGAGCUCGUUGAAAGACUGGCCCACGGUAAUUUACACAGUGGAGUGAAUUUAGUUAACAGUAGAUCUGACCGCUUACACGAUGAAUUGAAAGGUACUAACAUGGUGGUGGCUGCACAGAAUGCUGAAACUGCUAACCAUUCAAAUGUUUAUCAUACAACGAAUAUGGUAGAUUGUACACAGUUUUCGUCAAACUGUUUGACUCCAUCAACAUCUAAUAACUCUUAUUCACAGAUAAAUCCUUUUACAAAUAAUGCAUUACAGUAUUCUUCGAUUUACAACCAAAAUAUACCUACUAGUCAACCUGGAGUGGUUAAGCUUCCGAUGAAUAACUCCUGUAUGUUUUAUGAUACCAACUGCUCGAAUAUACGUGUUAAUCUUGGGGGUGAAGGGUGUUAUGCCGGUUGGAACCAAACGGCUAAUUCUUCUUGCAGAUAUCUCACUGGAGAGUGUUCACAAGGACAGAUAACCGGUGUUGUGCAUCCUAAUGGUGGUGUCAAGUGUCCAAUUCCAGUGCGACCAAGUUCUCAAGCUAGUCAGUUACUGUCUCAUAGUCAACAUAAGUAUAUGCAGAACUUAUUGCCUAAUAAAUUCACUGGCGAAACAAUGAUGACAUCAACAAGUAAUUCGUCAGGUGGAUUUCUACACGGAAAGCAGUCUGCAAUUACGGCAGAUCCCUUUUUAUCUGAAAGUAACCAACUUCAUAGAGCAAGUCCUACUGUUCAUUGUUUCAGUCAACCUGUCGACUGUGUACAAAAUCACACAAAUCCCCUUGCUCAAAGAAAUUACUUUCAGAAUAAUAACCACACUCAGCGAAUGAAGUUAUCACAACAGCUGUCAUCACAUAUCACUGGUUUAGGAAGUGCGUUUUCGCUUCAGUGACGUUUAUGUGAUGAGUAAGAAAGCUACAUUCCUACAUAAUGUCUUGAACAAAGAAAGACAAAUGAAAACAACAAUAUGCAGCUACUUUUAUCGUAAAACUACUUAAUUGGUAUCUUUCUUCAAUAUAUGUGCAUAUAUACGUUAUAUAUAUACAGAGAAUUACAUGCGAAGUUUAAUUCAGAUACUGAAUACAGACACUUCCCAGUGUCAGUAGUAUGCAUAUGAAGUUAUAUAGUAUUUGAUAGUGCAUAACAUCAUUGAGGAAAUAAAUUUGACAGUAGAUAAUCAUCUACACGUUUACUGAGAUAUUUCUCCUGACAAAGUUGUUUAAUUCUACUACUGUUAUGCAGAACAUGAGCGCCACCUGUUAUCUGCUCUUAAUAGAGCGUAUUGUUUCUAUCGCUGAAUGAAAACAUAUGUUUGCUUUUCUAUUGUGCAGUAAUCCUACCAUGAUAUUGCGCAUGAUCCAUAGUAGAAUGUGUUACAGCAGUGAGUGAUAAGAGAGAUCAGUUAACCUCAGCAUUACUUGUACUGCUUGGAUCGAAGAGGACAUGCCAUUUUCUCAAUUCAUUAUAAUUAGUAAUGGCAAAUUGAUGACUAUUUUUCCUUCUAACUGUGUACAGGAGUUUUGGCUAAAAAACAAUAAUGACA